AACCUUUUGAAGCACCUUUAUUUUUAAGAGUGUAUAUGAAGUGCUACAAAAAUAAAAUAUGCAAAGGUAUAACAAAUGCUAAACGGACACAAAGGUGCUUCGUGUGAAAUGUGUAGACCAAGGCAAUUCAAAAUAUGACCAUUCUGUACUGAGGCAGUGCAAAUAUUAUGUCUCUAGAUAUUGUGUGCUGGAGGCAGAUGCUGCAGUUGUGCAAAUAUUAUGAGGAUGUGCAAAAGGUUAAGAUUAAAGCAGGAGCCGGUAUUGACAGCAGUGCAGUACAGUAUGAGGAAGUGAUAUUGAUUGUGGUCAUAGUGCUGUAUGUUUAAUGGUAAUUAAUUAUCCAUCCACCUAUUUCUUCUUUGGAGUCAUAGUAAAUUAAUCUGUAGUAGUUUAGUGAAUGCAGCGUAAUUUUGGAUGCUCAGCAGCUUUUGCUUUUCAGAUUUAUGAAGUCAUCUCUACUUGAACUCAUUAUUAGGAGAGACGUCAUUGGUGGUAAUGAGAGGAUAUAGUGAUGUGUGCCUUUUGUUGCAGUGCUUAUUUCAGCUCAGGAUGAGUAAAGAAUUGGAGGAGCUUUCUCCCCUGGACGACUCGGGACAUGGUGAUGGGUCUGAGGAAGAAACAGAGGAGGAUGAUGAGCCCAAAAUUUGUCAAGUAUGCGGCGACAAAUCCACAGGCUACCACUUUAACGCCAUGACCUGUGAGGGCUGCAAGGGCUUCUUCAGGCGCGCCAUUAAGCGACCCGCACAGCUCUGCUGCCCGUUUCAGAACGCCUGUGUCAUCACUAAGAGCAACAGGAGACAGUGCCAAUCCUGCCGACUCCAGAAAUGCCUCUCAAUCGGCAUGAAGAGGGAAUUGAUCAUGUCGGAUGAGGCCGUGGAGAAGCGGAGGAUGCAGAUCAGGAGGAAGAGGAUGCAGGAGGAGCCUGUAACGCUCUCUCCUCAACAGGAAACUGUCAUACAGGAGCUGCUCACUGCACAUCACAAGACCUUCGACAUGACUUGCACCAACUUUAUUCAGUUCCGGCCUUUAGAUCGGGAUCAGAAAUCCAUUUCUGAGCACGGUCUAGAACCUAACAGUGGCAGGGUCUUUCACGUAACCAUGCACAAAACACCAUCUGAAGAUGCAACGCAACGGAACAUCAGCCUUUCCUCGCCCUCGUCCCCUUCCUCCAGCUUUCAGAGUCCUGAGAAUAAAGAGCGGAAGCAACAUAAAAGUGUCAUUUUCACUACUCUGCCACAUUUUGCAGACCUCACCACGCACAUGAUCAAGAAUAUAAUCAACUUCAGCAAAAUGCUUGCAAUGUUCAGGGCUCUAAUCAUAGAGGACCAGAUCGCGCUGCUGAAAGGUGCCACCUUUGAGAUCAUUCUGAUCCACUUCAACAUGUUCUUUAAUGAGGUGACAGGCAUCUGGGAGUGCGGCCCGCUGCAGUACUGCCUGGAUGACGCCAUGAGAGCUGGUUUCCAGCGCCAUCUGCUGGACCCUAUGAUGAAUUUCCAUUACGCUCUGCGCAAGCUGCAUUUACAUGAAGAGGAGUAUGUGCUGAUGCAGGCCAUCUCGCUCUUCUCACCAGAUCGCCCCGGCGUGACACAUCACAGCAUGAUCGACUGCAACCAGGAAAUAGUAGCACUCACCCUGAAGACCUACAUUGAGGCCAAGCGGUCCGAGCCAAAUAAACAUCUGCUGUACCCAAAGAUCAUGGAGUGCCUGACCGAGAUGAGGAGUAUGAAUGAAGAGUAUACAAAACAACUGCUGAAAAUCCAGGACAUUCAGCCUGAUGUGUCUCCGCUUCUACUGGAAAUAAUAAGCAAAGACAUCUAAGACUUCACAGAGCAGAUGAGACUCGACUCAACGGCCUUGAACUCGCCACGCUGACCUUCAUCCGCCACGCUGACCUUCAUCUGAGGACUGAAAUACAGUCAAAACCAGUGAGGACAAGGACUGCGCCUACUGAUAAUGAACUACUGAACUGUCUGCAGCACACAGGAAUUGUGAAAUUGUAUUUUUAUAAUUGUGCUACUAAAUGUAUUUGUGUUCCAGCAAUCUUUUUCGGGUUCUUUUCACAAAAGAACAAUUUCUAUGGUUCAUAACCAGAUGUAGGAUGGCACGUAUUAUCUCUUACAUUCACUGUAUGAGUGAAGCUUGAAAUGUGGGGUUAGACUGAGAUUUGAUUCACUUUUUCCCCAGUCUGCAGUAUGUAGAGAGGAGAUGAACGCUAUUAUGGCAGCAAACAUACAAAAAAAACAAUAUGAUACAUAUUAGUCAUUUGUGUUAAUAGUCUGUCUUGACAAAUCUGUUUAUUUAUUGUUCGUUUUUAAAUGCAAAUAGUUUUAUAAGUUAACCGCUUCUAGGUAGGCUAUGUUGUGUUCAGAUUAUGUAAAAAUAUUAAUAUAUAAUAUCUGCUAAUGUCAGAUGUGAGUAGCUGUAUUUGAUUCAAACAUUUUUCAGACUAGAAUGUAAAUGGAGUUAUGAAUCUCAUAAAGAACAUGUUCAGGUCUUAAUUUAGUCUACCUAUUUAAAAACAUGUUUUGCAUAAUAAAUGAAACCUAUUUUUUAGCCAUUAUUA